GGUAGCCCAUAUUUAAGGGAGGUUCUGCCAAAUUUUCGGUAGGAUUUCACUUAAUGUGGGCCCCGCAGGCUCGUAUCCAGGUAAUUGGGGUGAUUCCUGGGUCGGGUCCUGUCAUUUGACCUGCCUAAACGGCGAAAGAAAAGUGUUGAAGAGACAGUGCGGAAAAGUGUGAAGCUGAUAUUGGAGGAAGAGAAGGAAACCAUCCUUGAAAAUGAAAGAGCUUUAUGGGAGCAGGAGAGAGAAAGAGUAUGGCAGCAAGAGAGAGAAAGAGUGGUUGUUGAGAAGCGUGCCUAUUGGACAGCCAAGUUUGCAGAAUUGGCGGCAAAGAUUGAUGGAAAGAAGCUGCCAUUAGAGUCACCAAAACUAGUCACACCCCUUCAAGAUCCUGGUUCAGGACAAGGGAGUUGUUCCCGACAUGCUGAGAAAGUUAUGCAGAAUAAUUCGGACAGUGAGCUCAAUGCAGUGAAGAAGAGGUUGGUUUUAAAUGAUGAUGCAGCUGGACUGUUAGUUGAAGAGAACCAUGAAGUUCUAGAAGGGAGCCACAAAGUAACGACAAUAAUCGAGGAGGAGGUUAGAGACAUCAUGGCUCCCAAAACUUCAGCAAAUGAUGAUUUGGAGACGACUGCUGCGGUCCAUAAGUGUGAACUGGCAGUAGAUAGGGUGGACAACAUUGUUGCUAUUGGAACAAUUAUUCAAGUGAAUGUUGCAUCGAGUGAUCAGCUGAUACAUGGUGUUCCAUUGGGAAAUGAAAAUAUGCGCGUCUCAAUUGUUCGAGCCAUUGUUGAUGAUGCCCUGUUACCUAUUCCGGUGAAGGAUGAGAUUGUCACUGUCAGCGACGCUAUUGGUACUUGUGUUGCCUGGCCAAGAAACCUGGUUGUUAUCCCUGGAGAAAAGGCACCCCCUAAAGCCAUUCAGCAGAAGAAAAAAAAUCGUGCUAAUACCAAGAAGAGAAUGAGAAAUGUAUUUGAUGACAAUGAAGACCUUGAAAACUUGCCACCGAAUCUGCCAACGACAUUAAAGGAUUUGUGCACGUGGGGGAACAAUUUCCUUAGAGACAGGGUCACCAUCCACACAACAUUUGCUGCAGACCUUUUCGGCCGUUCAAAGAAAGUCUGUCUGUUAAGAAGUGAUCUCUAUACCAUGGCCAACAAGCUAGAAGUAUCAAAUCAUGUACUUGUGUUUUACAUGAGCUACCUUCAUGAAGUCUUGAAGAAGUGUAAGAUGGUGGAUAUGGUUGCCUUUGUCGAUCCUGAUCAGACUGGUACACUUGGGUGUGGAAAUCCCACUGAAAGGGCUCGGUCUUUGUCAGAUUGCUAUAGGCAAGGGAGGUUAGGGCAAAUCUUUGUGGUUCCACAUAACUCAGGUGCUCAUCGGAUGUUGACGGUUGUGAACCCAAAUGAAGAAGUCGUGCACUUCAUGGAUCCACUUAAAAGGCGACUCGAUACUGGGGAAUGGAAAUCUAUUGUCAACAACUCCAUUAAAAUCUAUAAUGCUCACAAGAAUCAGAAAGGAAGGAAAGUAAUUCAAUGGAAGAAUCUUGCUAUGAGUCGGUUGAACUUUUUGUAGUGGUUAGUUUUAUGUACUUCAUUGUAUAUUUCACCUUCGAUUACCUUAAUUCUUUAUUUUCAGGGUAUUCCGGAGCAAAAAAAUGACAAGACUUGUGGAUAUUUCAUUAUGUGUUACAUGAAAGAAAUUGUGGAGGACAAGAACUUGGAUUUUAGUGUAAAGUGGGGAACGAGGUCAAAUUUGGUUUACACAUACAAGGAUAUUGAUGAGAUCCGAACGGAAUGGGCUAAGCAUGUUUUGAAGUUCCCAAAAAAUUAAGUAUCAGCCUAUAUAUCUGCUUUUGUUUCUGGUAGCUUGAUAACUUGCAGUAGUAGUGUCUAGGAACUGCUUUUGUGCAUUUUGAUAGAACUGAUGGAAAGUGUUGAACAAUAUAAUGCAUGCAGUUGCUGUAACUACUAUAUGGAUGCUACUAGGUUUUUGUCUUAGUUAGAUUAGGAUCCAUGCAACAAUGGCAGGGGUUAAUGUAAAGGCUAGCAUGCUAGCUAGUUUAAUUAGUAUUAGGCUACUGAUGGGAAUGUAUU